UUUCAUAAAUAUAACGUAAGAACUAUUUUCUUUUGGUCUGCACAUUUCACGAGACAAUUCUCAUACCGCAUUAAAGUCCAUCUCUAACAUAACCGUUGCACUCUUCGUAUGACCUUACUACUGAGAAGAGGCAUAUUAAUUAACAUGACGGAAAAUAGACGAAUCUGUAUUAUUGGAGCCGGAUCUAGUGGACUCACCUCCAUUAAAGCAUGCCUGGAAGAAGGUCUCCAACCAUUCUGUUAUGAAAAGACUGACCACCUAGGUGGUCUGUGGCGUUAUCGAGACAAUGACUUGGAGGGCGUUGCUUCAGUGAUGAAGUCUACAAUAAUCAACACCAGUAAAGAAAUAAAUGCCUACAGUGACUUCCCUCCUCCGAAGGAAUUUCCUAAUUACAUGCACAACAGUUACAUGAUCAGGUACAUUGAAAUGUAUGCUGAAGAGUUCGACCUGGCUCGACACAUUCACUUUAGACACGAGAUCCUAAAAGUUGAAGAAAACCAUGACUUUGAUGAAACUGGCCGCUGGAAAGUUGCCAUUCGGAACAUUGAAGAAGACCAAAUCUUUGAUGACGUCUUUGAUGGAGUAAUGGUGUGCAUCGGACAUCACGUGUAUCCUCACGUCCCUACUUUCCCGGGUAUUGAAAAGUUUAAAGGUAAAGUACUUCAUACCCAUAGCUACAAAAAACCGGAUGGAUUUAGUGACAAAAGAAUAGUGAUCGUUGGUAUUGGAAACUCCGGAGGAGAUGUGGCUGUGGAACUAAGCCAAAUAACGGAUAAGGUAUAUUUAAGUACCAGGCGUGGUUGCUGGAUUAUUCACCGAGUCGGACCUGAUGGUUUGCCAUUCGAUGCUACGUUUCUUAGACGUUACUGGAAUAUGAUGUGGCAAAGUAUUCCGUAUAAACUGUUGUGUUAUUUAUCGGAGAGGUAUAUCAAUAAACGGUUUAACCAUGAGAUUUACAACAUUAAGCCUGAUCACCGUAUAUUUGGACAACACCCAAUGGUCAAUGAUUCUCUGCCCAAUAGGAUUUUGAGUGGAACUGUAAUACUGAAAGGGAAUAUUAAAGAAUUUACUCAGAAUGGAGUGAUUUUUGAAGGAGAGGAAAGAGAAUAUGAAGUGGAUGUUGUAAUUUUAGCCACAGGGUAUAAAAUUAAAUUUCCAUUUGUUGACAAAAAAAUAUUCUAUUUUAAAGACAACAAAGUGGAUCUUUACAAAUAUGUCGUUUCUCCCAAACUAAAGCACCCAUCUCUUGCUUUCAUAGCUUUAGCACAGACCGUUGGUGCAUUAUUUCCUGUUGGUGAAAUUCAGGCCCGCUGGUUCGCCCUUUUAAUGACAAAGAAAGUGGAGCUUCCACCUGUUAAUAAGAUGGUGGCUGAUAUCAAGAAAAAGCGUGACGAUAUGGCUAAAAAGUAUUUUGAAAGUUCACGAAAUACUAUACAGGUUGACUGGAUACCUUAUAUGGACGAGAUCUCUUCACUCAUUAGUGCUAAACCUAAGCUGUUCCAUCUACUGCUAACUGACCCUAUUUUACUUUGGCACUGCAUAUUUGGACCUUGUCUUCCCUACCAGUAUCGAUUGAACGGUCCUCAUUCAUGGGUUGGAGCCAGAAAUGCCAUUCUGACUUACGAAGAUCGCAUAAUUGGAGCGCUAAAAACACGUAAUUCAAGCAAGACCAAGGAACCGGUCCAAUCUCAAGGGCUGUGGAAAUUGCUGAAGAUCAUUUUAUAUAUAAUUCUGAUAGUAUUCAUAUUUUACAUGAUUUUCUAAUUGAGGCAGGUCGAGAUUAACAAACGAAUAGAGCAAAAUGAUGAAGUGAUUUUGCAAUUGACUGAAUCCAUGAAAGAAUGUAGAGGUAUGAAUAUUGGAUCGAUUCAAAGAACAUUAUUUAAAUAUUUUGCAUAUUUAUUAUAAAGAGCAUUUUACAAUUAUUUCAAGUUCUAAAAACUUCAAGAAAAUUAUCACUUGUGAACGAGAAACCUAAAAAUU